ACAGCGACGACAACAACAUGGACCGAUGAGCGAAUGAAAGUCACCAGAGAGAGAGUGAGGAACCCUUUUUGGGAUGUGUGACGUUUGAUAAAAUGCCAAAAAGCGACACCUGGCCAGGCGGGACCGGACCGGACACGUCGGCCGGCAUGGACAGCGCCGGGAGCUGCGACAGCGUUGUUAGCGGACACUCCGCCUUCAGUGACGAUAGUCUGGAGCACUUGUCCGCUGAGGAGAAAGCUUGCCUCAUGUUUCUGGAGGAGACCAUCGAGUCUCUGGACACCCAGGACGACAGCGGACUCUCCAACGACGAGCUGGACCUCUUGCCCGACCCGGGGAGCCUGACAUCCAGACUGGCAGACCUGUCAGCCUCCGUGAGCAGAACCGAGUUCAACGGUCUACAAAAGCACAACUCUAUGGAAGCCAUCAGGGAAAAAGUGGAGAACAAAUCCAUCCAGAACUACCUUGUACCGACACCUUUUGUUCUGGCGAGCAACUCGAAUUGUUUGGAACCGAGCGUAAAAGCUGCUAUUCGGCUAAAUAGGAAGGAAUCGCUUUCAUUUCGCAACUACACCAGCCAGAAGCCCGCUACUGAUCAUGUACCCUUCGAAGUCAGCGUCGUGAUUCCCGCUGCAACCAAACCCAAAGACAACUUGGUAAAGACGGGUGAAAGAGGACCUUUAUCGUACGACGCGCUUGUUUACCUGCGGAGGAGCGCCUCCACAAAGAAAACACCCUUGUGUCCCACAGUCGAUCACACCAUAGACUCGGUCAAAUGCCCUGCCGUCAUCACGGAAGUUCCAAACGCUGAAAAUGUGGGAAAGCCUGAGAGGGCCGUCUCGGAUCCAGGUCGGUUUAGGACAGGCCCGCCGCCCGUUGCGCCAAAACCCACAAGAGUGGCUUCAAAAGUCGCAACAAACACACAAAAAGAAGCGGCCCCCGCCUCAAACUUAUGGUACAGUCUCAAGAACGCAACAGAUCCCAAAGUGGUGAGACAGCAAGCUUUGCAGAAGCUAGGCCUCCUCCAAGACCCGCAGUCAGAAACUGCUCAAGUGCCCCGACCGGAGCGCCCCAACUUUCAUUCAUCUGUGGGCGACAGAUUUUCAAAAAGUCUGAUGAGAAGUCCUUCUUUUUGCCACGUUCCAGUGCCCCCUGGCCCCAGGGGUAAGGGGCUGCAGAGCAGUGCUAGUUUCCACCACCACUCCGGCUGCGACCAAGAGUCCAUGUUGCGCCCUCAUCCCGAUCAACACAACAGAUUGAAGAUCGCUGGUCCGGAGGCGCCUACGACCCUCGUUAACUGCAAACACGAGAGAAACCGUCCUCAACAGCGACUCAAAACAGUCGCCGAGGAUCAGCCGCUCACCCCCAAAGCCUCGAACUCUGUGGCGUACACGGUGAUGAUGGUGCCCGGAAUGGGCGCAGACAGAAAGGAGGCCCUCAGGAAGUUGGGACUGCUCAGAGACGAGCCCCCCAAGUAAGCCAAGAGCAGGACUUCUCGGGUCAAAGGGAUUUAAAGCAUGAAGAGUCCACUUGGCACUCGGGUCCGGUAAAGACGGCGAGAACGACCAACUGAAGGGAGCAGCUCACAUGUGACUGAUCGCUUCCCAAGAGAGGGAUCCCGGAACUGUUCCGGCUCCGACGGAACGUUUCCAGGACCUUUGUGGGCUUGACAGACUCAGAGUUCAUGCUUGAGCCUUAAGUAGAGAUGACAGCUUAUGAUUUUAGAACUCGGUUGAAAAAAGUCAGUUCUUAACGUUACCAUCGUAAGCGGGUUACACACAUACCGAGUUUUAACAUUUCUACACACGAUUUUGAUCAAAAGUGUGAGAGACCCUGUAAAUAUUGAAGGGGUUUUGCAUUUUUCUACGAUUGUCUGCCUUAACCACCGGGGGCGGGCGGAGAAUACCACUCCAAACACACCUCAGGAUAAUCGUUGGGGAUCAUCUUUCAGAGACAAUCAGGCCUUUGACUGCAAGGAAUGGAAAAUGCUUCGGCGGUCUGUGUUUAGCCCGCUUCACCGCUUUUGGGACGACAACAAGUAACGUUUGUCAUUUGUAUCGUGUCUUUUCCACACCUGCACAAGAAAAAUCCA